CGAUGAUCUCGGGAAAACUAAACCAAAGGAGCCCAGAGGAACAGAACCAAACUUGGUCUUCACUCUAUUUUUUGAGCGAGAAAGCCGAAGAGCCAAAGGCAAGACAUAAGCAGUUGGAAAUGGAGCAAUAUUGAGAACCCUUUUAAGCCUUUUGUACAAUCAUGGAUAUGGCCAACUCUGAGAUAGGUUGAAUGGUUCAUCAGUUCUUUUGGAAGAUUCCGAGUAUCGAAGAAAAGAGCAGAGAAGAUAAGGAAUGGCUUUUAUGAAAAACGAUGAUCACUGGGCUUUUCUGGAAGACAUUGAGGCACCCAUGUGGGUUGAUCUCAAUUUGGAAGCUAAGUCCAACAACCAAAUCAUUGACGACAAGUGGUUUAACAAAAGCCAUCAGUUCCACCAAUGCUCAUCUCGCCAGUUAAAGUCAGCUUUUUCCCAUUCAGGGGAAGAGAGUACAUGCCUAGACGUCGACCUAGCUAGACCACCCUCACCAACCCUUCCAAAUUCUGUGUCAAAAUCGAGAGGAAAACAAUAUAGGAGCAAAAAAUGGAUAGGAGAGAAUCAGGUUUUUUCAUUUGACAAGCCACAUCCAGUCAAGGCUCUGAGUAGGAAAUUGUCAUGCCCUGGAGACAAAAUAAGACCCAAACAAAGCUUCAUACGUUUAAAAGAAACUUCCACUUCAAAAUCAAGUGUAGUCUGUCAAAGCAGUUCAAGUGGCAAGGCCAUAUCUAAUUACUCUAGGUCUCUAUCCACAUGUGGGGAUCCUGGAAGCUGUUCGAGUUCUGAGGCAAACAAGGCAGAUGAAAGCAAUCCAACAAGCACCAUCACAUCUGAGAGUGGUCAGCCACAACAGAUCAAAGUUAUGGAUGUGUCAAGCCAAGCAUUUGGUCAGACACGUGAUCUUUUGUCUGUUAUGAAGAUUAGUCUUAGGAAGAGUCGUGUUAGUGUUAUGAGACAAGCAUCAAGAGUAGAGAUUAACAAUGAUGCACAGCCAUCAAAGGGACGUAAUUCUACAUCCAGUAAGUCUAGUGUCGGAUCAUCCUCGAACCCCAGAUACAAUGUCAGGAUCUCAACAUCUACAUCUGUACAGCCAAAAGAAACAACCCCAGAUAGCAGAAAUGCUGGGAAGGUGACUAAUGUAGUCAAGAGAAAAUUAAAUUCUUCAGGCAUAGUGAAAGCAUCUGCUAUUCAUGUUGAGGAAGGAACAUCUAAUAACAGAAGGGGUGGAGGUCAACCUAAUAUUGGAAAGUCAACCCGCCAGGAAGGUGCAAAACAGAAGGUUCCAUUUCGACCUGCUGGUGCUAAAAUUUUAGUACCUUCUAGAGUUAACGAGCAGAACUCUAUCCUUGCUGCUUCAAAACCCAAGAAGAAAACAGCACCUGUUGACACUAAGAACUUGGCUGGUGAUGGAAAUGAAAAUGUGUCAGUAAAAACAUCUGCAAGUAAAAAGUCCCAGAGCAAAGGUGUUGCAGGUGGAGUCAUGGUGGGUAGAGGUCAAAAAGGGACAAAACAGAGUGUUUCAAUAAAGAAUGGCUUAGUAGGAAUGGUUUCCUUGAAGGAAAAAGGCAAGGAUCGAGACAACUUGGAAAAACCCAAGAAUUUGAUUCAUAGGUACCACUUUCGAUAGAAAGGAUAUUAAUGAUAACAGUAGCACACUACAGCCUCUCGUGGGUUCUGGCAUGUAUAGCAUAAUUCUUUAACAUAGUUUUAAACUUUGGAGGAAGCAUGGACUGAAGCAACAGAGUUUUGCCUUUUUGCCAAGAUUUUGUUACUUUUGCAUUGUGACAUCUCUGACCCAGAGAACUCACAAGAGCUUUGUGAGUCAUGGCCUCAUUUAAAAAAAAAAAUUAAUAUCAGAAAUAUUGGUUUUUCUCUUGUGUAUAGAUUA